UGUGGACCUCCUCAGGUGCCUCCAGGGCCCGCCGGGAGGCCAGCCGUCGGCUGAGGGAGCCUGCCCAGCAGCGCCUUAGCGUGCGAGGCGAUGGGGGCCGGGUCCCCUCAAGGAGCAGGUGCCGCUGCCGGACGACGAAGAAUUCUAGAGGCAAUUCGGAAUCAGAAUUAAACACUGAAAUGUUUUUCCAUUGGAGGACAGUGAGGAGGUUGUGUUUCAAGAAAUUCCCAUUGCAGCUUAUUAUCCAGGCAAGAACUAUAUCAGGUGCUGAUGCUGUUAAUGCUUUGCGACCAUUUUACUUUGCAGUACAUCCGGAUUUCUUUGGCCAGCAUCCUAGAGAAAGGGAAAUCAAUGAAAAUUCUUUGAAGAGAUUAAAUGGGUAUUUGGAGAACCUCCAGAAACCAGGUUUCAGGUCUUUUAAACCAACUCGGCUUACUUUUUAUGUACGAGAGAAAGAACAAAACCCUUCUGAUGUUCAAUCAUUUGGAGCUUCAGGAUUUCGAGCUGUCAGUUUCACUUUGCACACCAGAGACUUAUUAAGCACAGUUUUAGACAUCCUGAACUCCUGUAGUUUAUCUACUGAGCAUGUCCAGAGCUUGAAUGGCAAUGCAGAUGCUCAGUCUAACCAGAGAGCACGAAGAACAUUCAGCCGACCUAUCAAAUGGGACAAGACAUAUUACUCUUUUACUGGAUUCAAGGAUCCUGAGGAAGAACUAGAGCAGGCCCAGAGAAUGGAAAUUACUCUCAGUUCCUGGUUAGAAAAUAAUGAGGAAAGUGCAGCAAAGAAGCUGAAAGAUAGUUUACCACUCAGGAAAGAACUAGACCGUUUGAAAGAUGAACUUUCUCAUCAGCUACAGCUCUCUGAUAUUAGAUGGCAGAGGAGCUGGGGUAUUGCACAUCGGUGUAGCCAGCUACACAGUCUAAGUCGGUUAGUUCAACAGAGCCCAGAGACACCAAGAAAUGCAAAAGGACGCACAGUGAUAUUUACAGACCAUUCAGGCAUGAGUGCAGCAGGCCAGGUUAUGCUAGGAACUAUGGAUGUUCACCACCACUGGACCAAAAUUUUUGAAAGGUUGCCAAGUUACUCAACACUUCAAAGAAAAGUGCUGCUGUUGGAGGAACAUAUAAGCCAUCUUUUGGGAGGCAUACAAAUAACUUAUGUUGAAGAGCUGCAACCAAUGCUAACGCUUGAAGAGUAUUACUCUGCCCUUGAUAACUUUUAUAACCGAGUCUGUAACAGCAGGCUUGCAUUUCACCCUCGUAGCCUGCGUGGAUUGCAAAUGAUUCUAGAAAGUGACAGGUAUGCACCAAGUCUGCAUGAACUAGGGCAUUUUAUCAUCCCAACAGUCUGUGAUCUUGCAGCCCUUCAGUGGUUUAUCAUCACUAAAGCACAGCAAGCAAGAGAGAAACUGAAAAAAAAGGAUGAGUUAAUGGCACUAGAAAAGGAACUGAUUGAGGCUGCAACGGAGAAAUUUCAUAUCCAGCGGCUCUACAAGGAGCCCAGCGUUUCCAGCGUGCAGAUGAUCCAUGCGUGCAAAAGACUGCUGGAAGAGUCACUGCCAUACCUUCAGGGCAUGCAUCUUUGCAUUUCCCAUUUCUAUUCUGUGCUACAAGAUGGCGAUCUCUGUAUCCCUUGGAACUGGAAGAGCUGAGGACGCGUGCUUAAUAAACUAACAAGCAUCUUGUGUUAAAAGGAAAUGGAGCACUACAUAGAACUUCAGGGUAAAGGUACCGGGGUGUUCAUUUUCAUGCCAGUAUUGCAAGUAAGCUAAGGCAUCUCCUUAGUUUUUAACUGCUGAUCAGAAAAUGACAAACUGCUGUUCAAGACUCUUUGUUUUUAAAAGGAAAUAUACAUAGUCUUCACAAAAGGCUGAAUUGAAGUUGAGGAUGACUUGGUUUCAGGAUCUGUUGUGGGAAUGAGUUAUGCAAUGCUUGAACAAAAGCUAAACAGUACAAACAAUAUGUGGCUUUCAUAUAUAAAAUUGUGUGAAUACUAAAUAUACCCAUAAUAUACAUAAAUAGUAUGGAUUUUAAUAUUUCAGAAAUUGUCUUUAGAGAAGCAUUCUCCAAAGUUUUUCCAAAGCCAUAGCUUGUGUUGCCAAUAUUCCAGUUUCAUAUCCAUGCAUAAGAGUAUUUAUUAUACAGCCUAUUUGCAAAAGUUUUAUAAAUGUCUAUUAAACUCUGUUACCAGUACGACCUUGCAUUUUUAGUGUGUUCUUUUAAACAUAUCUAAAAAUGUAUCCAGUUAUGUAGUGCUUUGUUUCUAUACAAGAUUUGCAAAGCAUUCUUUUUUUAAAUGAAGGAUCAUAUGUUCUUUGUAAGAGCAUUAGGGAAAUAAGAGAAGAUUUGCUAAGCAAUGGAAACACACUAUUUCAUUGGUGCAUAUGUGUAUUUCUUAAGGGAAGAUGCAUUAGUGCACCUCUGUUUACAAAUAUGUAUGGGUUUGAAUGUUACUGGACAGCUCUUCUUUUCCAGUUUCCUUGCAAACUUUGCCCCCACUCCUGAACUCCAUAUUUUUAAGACUAGUUUACUGCAAAAGGUGGUACAUGUUUUGCCUCAGCAGAAGAUGGCAGGUAUGCAGAUCCUUGCAGAAUAAUCCCUAAAGUUUGAAGUACAACUUUUGUUGCUGUCUGAUGUUGAUCAUCUGAAAACUCUUGUCAGUACUUUUUAAAUUACUCAUGUUUGGAUGUCAAGGGUUUUGUUUUUGUUUUUAGAAAUAAAGCAGUGUCUUAACA